AUGCAGUGUCUAUUCAUUGUUACUGUAAAUAUUCAAACGAUGGGAAAAGUUCUCUCGAAAAUUAUGAAAAAAUUAUCAGCAGAUGGACCAAAGCGUAUACUCAUGCUUGGUUUAGACAAUGCAGGCAAGACAACGAUACUCUAUCGAAUGAAGCGUACCGAAGAUUUUCAUACUGUACCAACCAUCGGUUUUAAUGUCGAAACAAUUGCACCCUGCCGUGGUAUUUCUUUAACUGUUUGGGAUGUUGGUGGUCAAGAUCAUUUACGAACUUUAUGGCAUCACUACUUCGAUAAUGUCGAUGGUCUUGUGUUUGUCAUUGACUCAACCGAUAGUCGACGACUUGGCAUUGCUCGCGCUGAAUUAGAAGGAAUCUACCAGCAUGACGCAAUGAAAAAUGUUCCACUCAUUGUUCUCGCUAAUAAACAGGAUGCCGAUGACGCCGUACCUGCCGAACAGAUCGCACAAAAACUUAAUCUCAUCGAAUGGCCUGACGACUCUUAUUAUAUUAUUCCGUGUUGUGCAUUGAGUGGCGAUGGAAUAACAGAUGCUUUCGCAACACUGGCACAGAUGAUUCGUCAACAACAAAAAUCACGUCGUCUAGGCAUUGCUUAA